AGUUUGACAUUUUGCGCUUUUUUUACGCAUGUUUGUGUUUUGUGAAGCCUUUGGAAAUUCGCAAAUUUCUAUUAAAAUAUGGAUAAAAUGCUGAAGAGACCGAAACCAUCUGAUUCAGAGAAAGAUAUUCUUCAGUUCCAGAAUGAAUAUCUCAGUGAGAAGCGUCAGAAUACCUCAUUUCAGCCCUCUGCAAAGUGCGUUAGAAUUGGAGAGCCAUCUGAUUCAGGCAAGAAGCAGUCGGUAUUUGCAAAAUCAAGGAAUAAGGAGUCCCAGAAGAAAGACUCAGAAGCUGACAACAAGAAGAACCCUUUUGUAAUGGGUGACAUUGUCGAGAGGCAUCCGGAAGGCUUUCCCGGUGAGGGAAGUCACCAAACACUGGCGGAAGAAUCUUUCCCCAGGGCUGAGAAGAUCGAUAUUGCAAUGGUAAGUCGAGGGAAAAGUAUAUUUGCGAAAUUGCAAGAGGGGAAAUCAAAGAAAAUUAGCAAAGAAGAGACCCUGAAGGUUCCUGCAAAUUUUGGGGAGAAGAGUUUCAUUCUCACCGGGGCAGAAUCUUCCGCAAUUCAUGAAGAAAACCUCAAGGUAUUGUCGCAAAUGUCUCAGGAAGAGAUCAAGAAGGAGAGAGAAAAGCUCAUGAAGUCUCUAGAUCCGAAAUUGCUGGCUUUCAUUCGAUCCAAGCGCCAAACUCCUCAAAAAAUGGAAGUUGAGGAAGUUCCGGAGGGUUCUUCAGCCACAAAAAUCAAUCUUCCAGAUCUCAAUGUCUUGCAGUCAGAGGAGCGAAAGAAUUGGCUGCAUUUUGACAAAUUCGAACCGGAUAAAUUCCAGUGGAUGGCUGAUGUGUCCAAGAAUAUCCCAAAGCUCAAGCCAGGUCAAUCCUUUGAGGCUCGUUUCGACUGGAAGGGCAUUCUGCUACCAUAUGUGGAGAAAGACGAGAAAACUGACAAUAGGGAACUGUAUCUCCAUGGAGAGGAUCCCUAUCGACCUGGAUAUACCAUCCAGGAUCUCUUCAGAUUGGCCAGAUCGAACGUAACACAGCAGAGAAUUCAAGCUCUCAAUGCAGUUGCAGGAAUUCUUCGGAUCUACAAUCAGGGAUUCUACGAUGAGAUCUCAGAGUUUCCCAUUGCCAAAAUCUUCUUCCUCCUGAGAUUCGCUCUGGACGAUUCAACAAUUGCAGUUGCUGAAGCUGCAGCCAAGGGACUUUCUGCUCUGUUCUACAAUGAAAUCGAUGAAUUGCUCCUGGACACUUUGUUUGACACUCAAAAUGGACUCACCCAACCCCUCUUCAGAGAAACAGAAUCAGAGGACCUGGAGCAGAACUUCUCUAAACUCAAGAUUGACAACACUGAAUUGGACGAAGAGAUGAGUAACAUUGAGCAAAUGUCAGACUUCCAUUUGGCAGAAGUUGAUCUUCUGAAAUGUCUCAUGAGGACCAACAUACUCAAGAGAAUCCACUUCCUAACAGCAAAUGAACCAAUUUCCGACGCAGAAAGCAUCUCUCUGGCUCGCAUCCUCAUCAGAAUCUGCAGAGAGGGAAAAGACUAUGCUCAAGAAGUGUCAAAAUAUGAAGAACUUUUAAGAUGUUUAGCAAAAAGGCAUCUACUUCCAAUAAAUAAUCUCCCGGAAAAUAGCGGAAAGGUCCAAGCGAUGAUUCUGAAGCUACUGAGAGUCUUGGUUGCUACCACAAAUUCCUGGACAGUGCUUCAGACUCAUAAAAUUCUCCCCAUUCUCGAGGAAUAUUGCUACACCCGGAAAGAUCUCACUACGGAUUUUAUUCACCUACAAAUCGAAUCCUAUCGUUUGCUGCGAGUUUGGCUGUCCUUUGACCCCGCAGAACCAAAAUUAAGUGAUUUCCUGCCAGCUCUUCAGAUGACUCUUGAAUGGCAUUACCAAUUCCUGCCAAUUGCAAAUGGAUCGCAGAUUCUAAGACAGCAUGCAGCAGCUCUUGUAUCCCUUCUGAAUCAUCGUUUAUUCGACUGGAGGAGCAAUCCGUGCUCAGCAACUCUAAUUCUCUGCUUUAAGAAAUGGACAACUCUCUUUGUUCAGAGGAAGGGUCAUGAUUUCUCCCACAACGUCCUCUUGAGCUCCUGCUUUGACUUUAUUUCGCGCCAUCCUCAUCAAAUUGUGGAAGAAUUUGUUGUGGAGUACUUCCAGAACUAUCUGGACAGUGAAAAGUUCUCCAUCCUCUGGCAGGAUUUGCUGACAACUUCUCCACUGGCUCUCGAUCGCAGAGACAGAAGCAAAAUCUUUGAGGCUCUUCCCAAUUUGGGAGGAGUUGCAUUGGCAAAAAAUUCAGAUGAACCUCAGCUGCAACUGGCUUUCAAUUAUCCGGGAACGAUUCUACUCAGCUCGUUGGAAGUCUGUGGGGCUUGUGUUAGAAUCUUUGGACUGAAAAUGAAUUUCCACGCUCAAGUUGAGGGGUAUUUUAGGACAUUUCUAGAAGCUUCUGGGGAUAGUUCCACUUGGUUCCGGCAGCAGGAAAUUAAACUUCUCCUUUUGCUUAUUCAAAUGGAUGUCUGCGACAAGAAACUGACAAUCAAAACAGCCCUCAAAGUUAUUGGGCAGCUCAAGGGAGAAGAAAAUAUUGAGAAUGUAAAGAGUCUCCUUAGUAUCAUCUUCAAUACGGCUUUCUACGGGACUUCCUUCACUCAAAAUGAUCUCAAUUGUUGGUGUUCGAUUUACUGGAAGUUCUACUCGAUGAGUUUUGGUAAUACUGAAAUUUCCAGGAAGCCAUAUCUGUCCACAGGGAGUUGGAGCACAGAUCUAUUGCCCAGAAACUGGCCAUUAGAUCUUCUGACAAUAUUCCUAGAACCACACAUUUCAGAAAAAAAUCGAUUAUUGAGCAUAAAUCCGCAAAUUCAGGAUGAAAUUGUUACGGCUUCAAUGAAUUUUCUCAAACUUCUUGAAGACAAUUCCCUACUUACGGUGGCUCCUUCGGAGGAAUUCAUGUACCUUAUGAUGCCAUUUCUCAGUACAGAAUGUCGUUUUAUGGAGCCUGAGAUUAAAGAUCUGCUGAGAAAUAGGAUUUAUAGCCUUUUUUCGAGAUGCCAGAACUUUAACUUCAAUCUCAAAAUCCAAGAUAAACAUGAUUUUGAGAGUGUGUACAUCAUAUUCCUGAAUCAGUUCCAGAGCUCAAGCUAUGGAGAUGAUCUGUUCAGUGCUAUGGUGAUGGUUCCCCUUGCCCAGAAGUACGAUUGCAAGUGGAGGAAGAUGAUUUGGUCUGAGCACAUUGCAGUUCUUCGCUUUGUCACCUGUACCGAGGAUCAGCUCUGCGGAGGAUCAAUUACUGGAUACUUGGAGCCUCAAGAGCAAGACACUUCCCUGCUGCGAUACUACAACCAAGCCCUCAAUUCAAAUUGCCUGAGAAAAGGUUCUAUUCCCUAUAAAAUCGCACAGCAUCAUGUGGAACGUGCCAGAAAUGAGAAAAUAUCCUCAAACUCCUCAGUGAAUUGAACAAUGUCCAAUUAAAAUAAAUUAAAUAAAUACUGCUAUUUUUUACGUAAAAAAAAA